GGCCGGCGGCGGACGAGCGCUACACGCGCCCGCAGGGGCUGUACCCGCACCCGGACAUCGACCUCAGGAAGCUCCGCCGCCUCAUCCUCGAGGCCAAGCUCGCGCCCUGCCACCCUGGCGCCGACGACGCGCGCGCUGACCUCGACGAGUGCCCCAUCUGCUUCCUGUUCUACCCCAGCCUUAACCGCUCCAAGUGCUGCGCCAAGGGGAUUUGCACGGAGUGCUUCCUCCAGAUGAAGUCCCCCACCUCGUGCAGGCCGACGCAGUGUCCAUAUUGCAAGACGCUGAAUUACGCAGUGGAGUACCGCGGCGUGAAGACCAUGGAGGAGAAGGGCAUAGAGCAGCUUGAGGAGCAGAGGGUCAUCGAGGCGCAGAUCAGGAUGCGGCGGCAGGAGCUACAGGACGAUGCAGAGCGGAUGAAGAACAAGCAGGCUGCGCCUUUGAGUGACGUAGUAGCAUCUGCACAAGUUGAUUCUUGCAGUACUGACGGUGCAUCAACAGUAGCUGCAAGCAGUCCGCGAGGCAACGAUGCUCUCUCGUCCGAAGUGCAGCGUUCGGAGUUGAUAUUGAGGAAUUCUGAAGUCUUCCAACAGAGGAGGGGAAAUAAUUUUGAUGUGGAUCUUGAAGAAGUAAUGCUUAUGGAGGCAAUUUGGCUCUCUGUACAAGUACGUCAAAACAAAACAAAAAAUCGUUCAUCAAUUGUAAAUUUAGUCUCCUUUGAAAGGAUGCUUGCCAUGUCACAAUAUUGUGCUUUUUCUGAUGGUUGUGGGAAAUCCUAACCCUAACACAGGGUUGGGUGUUGUAUUAAUAGACUGAGUUAGCUGGGCCUAGCCCAUUUCACAGAGGGGUAAACUCUAAACCCU